CCCACCCCCAAACAAGAAGUGACUUUCUGGAGACUUCACAUCAACAGGCACCACCAAAAAGAGAAAGCAAGACGGGGAAGAAAACAACGGAGACCGGGCAGCUGCUCGCAGCUCUGACAACUCCAAGGGGACGCGCGUCCAGAGCUGCCGGGCAGGCUGGGGCUCUGCAGAGAGCGGCCAGAAGGUGCCAGCAGCAGAGGGGCACGGAGAGCUCCCCCGGCCUCCCCCCCCCUGUCCCGACCCCUCUGGGUUUUGUUCACCGUGCUGUCAUCUGUUUUUCACUUUUUUUUUUUUUUAAACAUCUAACAUGGUGAAGAAAGGAGUCAAGAAGAGAACAAAGUAACUCCUAGGGGAGUGGACAUCGCUGGUCACCAACACCAUCACCGCCACCACCAGCUCCUGCGGCCACCCACGUCCACCAUUCACCCGAGGCUGGAGAGGCGCAGAGGACCCCAGACAGGAGCCCGCAGAGGCAGCCGGCCCUUCUGAGGAGUUAUGGAUGUUGGUGCAUUCACUUCUGGCCAGAUCCGUGCCCAGAGGGAGCUAACCAGCGACCACCACCUCCGGCUGUCUCCUCGCCUUGCACCAGGUCUUACCCCUCCAGCAUGUUCCUUCUGAUGAGACAAUUUCCAGUGCCGAGAGUUUCAGUACAAUGUGGAAAUGGAUACUGACACAUUGUGCCUCAGCCUUUCCCCACCUGCCCGGCUGCUGCUGCUGCUGUUUCUUGUUGCUGUUGUUGGUGUCUUCCGUCCCUGCCACCUGCCAAGCCCUUGGUCAGGACAUGGUGUCUCCAGAGGCCACCAACUCUUCUUCCUCCUCGUCCUCCUCGUCCUCUCCUUCCAGCGCGGGACGGCAUGUGCGGAGCUACAAUCACCUCCAAGGAGAUGUCCGCUGGAGGAAGCUAUUCUCUUUCACCAAGUACUUUCUCAAGAUUGAGAAGAACGGGAGGGUCAGCGGGACCAAGAAGGAGAACUGCCCGUACAGUAUCCUGGAGAUAACUUCGGUGGAAAUCGGAGUUGUUGCUGUCAAAGCCAUUAACAGCAACUAUUAUUUAGCCAUGAACAAGAGAGGGAAACUCUAUGGCUCAAAAGAAUUUAACAAUGACUGUAAACUGAAGGAGAGGAUAGAGGAAAAUGGAUACAACACCUAUGCAUCUUUUAACUGGCAGCACAAUGGGAGGCAAAUGUAUGUGGCAUUGAAUGGAAAAGGAUAUCCCAGAAGAGGACAGAAAACCAGAAGGAAAAACACCUCAGCUCAUUUUCUUCCAAUGGUGGUACAUUCCUAGGCGAAAGCAAUCCUUGUGGCUGCAGUAGAACCAAAGGCUCUUUUGCCAGGAAUUGUAUUCUUCAUGAAGACAAUAGCUCCAAAGGCAAAGACACAUGGCUGAUGUCUACUUGCUUGAAAGAAAAGGAAGCCUUUGAAGGUUUUUGUACUCACUGCUGACAUAUGAUGUUCCUUUAAUUAGUUCUGCGUCAUGCCUUAUAAUUGAGAUAUAGGCAGAUCAAAUGGGAUUGAAGUUAUUCCUAAGUGAACAACAUUGUGGCUGGGUUUUUUUUUUGGGGGGGGGUGUGGUUUAAGUUUUUGUUUUUUGUUUUUUAACCUCUGAGAUAGAAUUUAAAGGACAUGGAACAAUCUGUUGAAUGGUCUUCGGGAAAGUUAUUUAUGGAAUACGAACUCAUAUCAAAGACUCAUUGCUCAUUCAAGCCUAAUGAUUCAAUGAGCAGUAAGACACGCGAGCAUUUACUGGAAAGCACUUGGGUCAUAUCAUAUGCACAAGCAAAGACGCUUUGGGCGUUGCAUCUUGGAAGAAUUGGUUAGGAUUAAAAAAUGUAAACAUGAUAGUGUAAAACUGUUCUAACAAAACAAAUAGUGUAUGGUAUGCUUGUGCAUUCUGCCUUCAUCCCUUUCUAUUUCUUUCUAAGUUAUUUAUUUAAUAGGAUGUUAAAUAUCUUUUGGGAUUUUAAAGAGUAUCCUCAGCAGCUGCCCUCUGAUUUACCUUUUCUUUUUCUUUAGCAUACCACAUGCAUAUUCUCAACAAAACGUUUUCAAAAUUUGGCAUACACUUCAAGAAUAGGAGAUGAGAUUGGGGAGGCAGUAUGAGAGAGUACUGUGUGCUAUUAGUUGACUUAAUUUGUAGUUCUGCAAAAAGCAUCAUCAACAAUAAAUAGGACAGUAUCAUGGCAUGACUUCCAUGAGAAAUGUCUGCCAUCAUUAGUAAACAUGUAUCACUCUUAAUCUUCCUUUCCUAAAAAAAAAAAAAUAGACCAGAAAUCCAAAUUCUUUUCUUGAAUAUAUCAAUGGGUCUCCAAGGAUAUACUAAAAGAAGGAAAAAUAAUUGGUAAAUACAUUUUGGUCACCUAGUCUCGUUAUUUACUCACAAUUUUUGCCAUAUGUCACAGUGGUAAGUGAUGAAGAGGCUGUCUGCUCAUAGAAGAACCCUUUGUAAGUCCCACAUAGCGCAUCUCCCCCAAAAGGAACUAUCCAGGAACUUGGUAUGAAGUGCAACCCUCCCAGGGGCUUAAACUGAGCAAAUAUAUCCUAGUAUAUGUGUAACCAUAUACUGAAACCUGUUCAAACUGUAUGAUCUAGUCUUUACACCAAAUAAAACUUAUUUUCUGUAAAUUUAAAGAGCUUUGGAAGGUUCCAUAAUAUAACCAUAUCAAAAUCAUUUUGUUAGAGCAGGUAUAGAAAACAGUACAUAAGAGUGUACCAGUCAUCAUCACAUUGUAUUCCACUAAAUAAAUACAUAAGCCUUAUUUGCAGUGUCUGUAGUGAUUUAAAAAAUGUAGAAAAAAUACUAUUUGUUCUAAAUACUUUAAGUGAUAACUGUAAGAUUAUAUUGAUGCUGCAGUUUUAUCUUCAUAUUUCUUGUUUUGAAAAGUCUGUUUAUUGUUGGGACACAGUAUUUUGGUACAAGGAAAAGACUCACCAAAUGUGUCAUUUUACUAAAGUUUAACCUCUAGAAAGGCUGGUGUGUUGUGAUCCUCUUUUAUAACUUAAAUGUCAAUGCUUAACCAGCACUUCCAGUUAAUCUGCUAUCUAAGAAUUAGCUUUAUUAAGAAACUUUUCCAUAAAGUAAUCCCCCAAAAAGGCCAUAUUUUCCUCAUUCCUUAAAAAAGUUGGGAUUUCAAAGAAAUGCAUUUGAGACAGAGUGUUUUUGGUUUAUGGCUAAAGUUUCAUUUCAUGAGGCUUGGCUUCCAACUUGCUUUUUGACAAAUGGGAUUCUAAAAAUGUUUAAUUUUUGUGGUUGGAGUCUAUAUGUUAAAAUUCGAUUAGGAACCAAGCAGAGAACUAGAAUGUAAUACAUUCCUAUAUACUUAGGUUAUCUUUGUUCUUUUAUUUUAAAGUAAUAAUUGCACCUGACACAUGAACAUAGACCACCCACAACCAAAUUAAACGUUCGGUGAGACAAAUAUAGUAUUAGCUGGCCAUGGUAACAGCAAAUAGGGCACAAACUGGAUUCCUAUUCCUCAUAGCCAUUUAGAUUACCAAAGAAACCCUGUGUAAACAAUCAUCAUUAUGUACUCAAAACACUCAAACAGCUUCUAGCAAAAUGUAUCAAAGAUUGCAGAAGCCAAAAAUAGAAAACAUCUCCCUCACCUCUCCCUUACACACAAACACACACAUCAACAGAGAUAAAGACAGAAGCAGUUUGGUAAGGAGUAAGGAGAUUCUCCUGCACUUAAAAAUGGCAUCUUUGCUCGAUAUUAGUAUAGAAUUCUGGCCCCCUUUGCAGUGGGACUGUGCUACUGAAGAAAAAGCAGUCCCAGCCUUGAAUGUUAAUGUCAAUGAAAAGAACAAGAUCUUGGGAACUCUUGCCUCUGUCAGAAGUGUGGGCCCUGGUAGCAAUGACAAGAUGUGCCAGCCACAAACAUGUGUCCAUGUGAGGGCUGGUUCCAAGGAGACUCCUUAUAAAAUAAAGAAUCCCUUCCUCCUCCUACCUCCUUAAAGGCUGAACAGUGUAUAGUAUGUUACAUUUAAAUAAAUCAAUAAAAAUGC